AUGCGCAAAAUAACUGUCUGGAGAAAGAGAAAGUCAACAGCGGGUACUUCCAGUAAAAAGAAAGCUACACCUGUGGACCAUGCUGUGCACAUGGACAACAACGGUGACGAUACUGAGGCAACUGUAGCUCCAACAGCAUUUUUACAUAUUAAGAAUAAGCAGCUUAAGCUCUGUGAGGCCAAGAAGAAGCAGCACACAGUCACAGAAAAAAUCAGUGACCUGACUAAGGAGACAGACUCCCUCCGCCAACAAGUUGGUCAAAGUACAGAUGACGGUGGGACAAUUGACACAUCUUCCUCUGCCAACUUGUCUCCUGGUGCAUCUUCUUUCUCUUCAUCCUCCAGUCCAUCCAGCUCCUCUUCAUCCUCAAGUCCAUCCAGUUCCUCUUCAUCCAGCUCCUCAUCCUCAUCAACUGAUUCUUCCGAUUCAGACAAGAAAUUGAAGAAAAGACGCAAGAAGAAAAAGAAGCACCACCACCAGAGUCACAAGAAAAAGGACAAGAGGAAGAAAAAAGACAAGGAAAAAAGGCACCAUGGCAAGCAGAGAGCACGUCAUCCUGAGGAGGUCAUCAAGAGAUACAGGAAAGUCCUUAAGGCGUACAAGAAAGGAAGAAAGCUGAGUGUGGCAUAUCGAAAGGUCGGUGUCGACCGAAACACCAUCGUCGCCAAUGCCCGAUCUGUGAGCUGGCUGUUGUGGCCCUGA